AAAUAUAAUGAAAAUUAAAAUUACAUGUAAUAUAGGUUUUAAAAUUUAAAAAGAAAACUACACUGGAAGCUGUGAAAUUCAAGUAAAGUCCAGCUGUGCAACAAUCAAUAGCACGUGCUUCGAAAUGAGGCAGAUGUUAUUUUUUUAUUUUUAUUAUUAAAAUGAAGUUUUGAAAUAGUAUAAUUUUGUAAGUGGUUCAUAACCAUCUGGCUCGUGUUUUUCGCUGGAUAAAUUUCACCGUAUCCGGAUGUCAAUUCAUUUAUGUUUUCCGGGAUUAUUCGACAGAUGAGUUGGUCGAAAAAAAAGAGAAAAUAAUAUAUUUAACAUUUUAAAAUAUUUCGACAUAAUUAAAUUUGAGUUGUAAAGAAAAAAAAAAAAAAAAGAAACAAUGGCUUUUAGACAACCACCAGUUCAAGAUGAAGUUGAACUUGAAACAAUGGCAGAGGCUGAAUUAUCAAGACUUAAAAGACAAUACAGAAUAAUGGAAAAUGAUCGUACAACAUAUUCUGAAAAAGUACGUUUACAAUUAAGAAAUCAAAAAAUUAUGAUUGAACGUCUUGAGCAUGAAAAAGCUGAACUUUAUUUGGCAAUAAAAUCAUCAAAAUCAGAAUCAAAUACUAAAAAAGAUGAAGCAAUGGAUGAAAAAUUAAAAUGUUUACUAGCAAAACGUUCGAAAUACAUGGAAAUGAUAAAAAAUGAAAGACAACAAAUUAAUGAAUUACAAGAACAAAUAAUUAAGGUAUCAAAAGAAGUAACAGCAUUAAAAAUGAAAAUAAAAACUGAUACACAAUCAUUUGAAAUUGCUGAAAAACAUAAUCGAAUGAUUGACAUAUUAGAAAAUCGUUUGGAAGUUGCAACAAAAAGAUUUAAUACUGUUGUUGCUGAAAAUUCAAAAUUACGUGAUAAAAUUGAUAGUCUAUUAAAAGAACGUGCACAAUUUAAUAUACUUUGGGCUAAAAUGAUUGGUCAAUUGAAUACUGGAAAGUCUGUCAUCAAUGAUCUCAUCGAGCAAGCUACGAUUACAUUCAAUCAGCGUGACGAAGAGUUGAAUAAAAUUUACGCUCUACGAGAGAGAGGAGCAAGAGAUUUAAAAGCACAUACAUCAGAAAUGUGUGAACUUCAAAGGACUCUUGAUAAUGAAUUAAAAUUACAAGAAUUUUUAGGAAUUAAAGGACAAUACAGAGAAAUGGCUGAUUUAAAUGCUAAAAAAGAAGCUGAUAAACAAGCUAAGAGUGAAGCAAUGCAAAAUAAAAUUGCAACUUAUACGGAAAUAUUAACUUUGAUUCAACAAUUUACUGGUGAAGAAGAUAUUGAUAAAUUAACAGCACAUUUUCUUAAACAAGAAGAAGAAAAUUUUGCAUUAUUUAAUUAUGUUAAUGAAUUAAAUGACGAAUUAGAAGGUUUACAAACUCGUGUUGCACAAUUAAGAAAUGACAUUAACGAAGCAAGAGCACUUAAUGUACAUCGUGGUUUUCAACAAGCUGAAACAUUAGAUAGAAUUUCUAAACAACUUGAAGAACAAACAGCAAAAGCUGAUGCAGCUGAAGAAAAUCUCAAUGAGUGCAAUGAGGUAAUCAACAAGUUACUUGAAGGCAUUGAGUCUCUAUUUCACAAUAUUCACUGUGAUAAUUCAUCGAUUCUCAAUUUACUUGGUGAUAAUAAUCAUGUUACAAUGAACAAUGUCAUGCUUUAUUUGGGUAUCAUUGAGAAAAGAAUAACCGAGAUAUUUAAUAAAAUUUAUUGGGCUGAUUUAACAAGUGGUAAGCCAGAUGCUGUUCGUUUAGAUGAAGAUAAAAAACCAAAAUUAAAAAUUCCUACAAUCCCACAAAUUGUCCCUACUCAACCUUGCUCCUUAUGCAUAGAAAAAGAAACACUUCAGGUUGUAAAUGAGGGACUUGAAGUACCUUUGUCUCGUGAAAAAAUACAAGAAAAAGUUGAAAUACGUUUGACUGAAGAUAUUUCAGAAAUAAUGCAUAAUGUAUCUGUCUGUCAUUUACCAGGAGCUAAACGAAGUAUUUUUAAAAAUUAAAAAUAAAAUAUUGUGAAUAUUUACUGAAGUAAAACGAUGAAAAAAAAAGUACUCCCACGUUUCAUGAGAAUAAUUUAAUCGAGCGAGACCUUGAUGUGAAAAUUCACAGAUGUUUAAGUUAAUUUAAAAAUUAAAAAAAUUAUCACGAUAAUAAUUUAAUCAAGUUGUUUGGUAUUUUGAUGAUAAACCAUUUAAUUUUGUGAAAAUUUUUAAUUAGCAAAAUUGUUUGUUUUACGUUGAUUAAUCAAUGGGAUCAGCGUCGUUUUUAUCAGUAUAACUUAAUUUGUAUUAAUUUUAGAUUUUUCUUACCUAAUGAUAAUGAUUUUAUUGUCGAUACAACAACAUCUUGUUGAACAGCAACAUCAUCUGUUUUUUAAUGUGGCAAGUUGAUUGUUUGACCAAUCAUAAGUGUAUUUUGUCUUUCUUCUUCUGUUCUAACUUCUGUGGAAAAAAAAAAUCAAAUAAAUUAUUAAUAAUCAAAGUUUAAA